CUCGACAAUCCACCGCAAUAGAUGACACCAUAAUUGCGUCAAGACAGCAGCAGCCACGACAACAACAACGCCAAAACCAGCACCACCAGCACCAGCUCAGAUCUCCAGUCUCACAUCAGAUCACCUCCCCUCCCUCCAUUGUCUGCCAAGCGUCUCUGUUCCUCUUCGUCCCUCUUCUCGCCUGCUUUCACACACGAUGGCAUCUCACGUCGCCCAAGGCCAGCGCGUCCUGCUCGUGACGAGCGCUGGUGCCUCUCAGGAGGCCGUGGAUGCGCUUGCAGCGCAGCUGCGUGAUGUCGUGGGUGCAGAUGGCAACGUCACCCUCCAACCACAAGACUCCCUCUCAUCAGCAUCCUUGAGUGCGGCGUCAUAUGACGUGGUGCUGUGCGGGUUCCCCAUCGCUUGCACUACCACGUACACUAGUGAGCAGCUCUCUGCUCUCGCCAAAGCCGCCAUCGCUGCCGGCAAGGUUCACGUCUGCGAGAACGCAGGCCGCUCUGCCGACGAUGUUGCGGCGGCCCUCAAGUUUGCGGGCUUUGUCGAUGUGUCCACAACCAGCGCAGACGUGGGCGGCGUCAAGGCGUCGUGCAGCACACCCGACUACGCGGUGGGCUCGUCCGCGCAGCUCAAGCUUUCCUUUGGCAAGAAAGCGCCGGCGCCGAGCGAGCAGACCAAGGCCGUGUGGACUCUUGACGGCGGCGACGACGACGAUCUGUUCCAAGAUGACGGCGAGGAGUUCCUUGAUGAGGUCGACAUUGCAAUGGCGUCCACAGCGCCAGAACGGGAUGACUGCGAGGUGACGGGCGGGUCGCGAAAGGCGUGCAAGAACUGCACGUGCGGCCGCGCUGAUGCAGCAGCCGAGGACAGCGCGCCCAACGACACAGCCGCACCCGUCGCUGCUUCGUCCUGCGGCAACUGCUAUCUUGGGGACGCGUUCCGGUGUGCGACGUGCCCGUAUCUUGGGAUGCCGGCCUUCAAGCCUGGGGAGCAAGUCAAGCUCUCCACCCGUCAGCUCAAGGCCGACGCGUGACGCGACGCUGUUGUGCACUUGGGCAGGCCAGGCUGCAUGACCCGCCAAGCUGCUGUGGUUGUUUUUCAGCGUGUGUGUGCGUGUGCGUGUGCGUGUGUGUGUAUGUGUAUGUGUAUGUGUAUGUGUAUGUGUGUAGUGUAUGUGUAUGUGUGUGUGCUUUUCCCUUGUGUGUCAUUAUCGCCUACGAUUACGAUUGCCGUCACCCUCCUCCCCUUCCCCCCCCCCAUUCCUUUCUCUCCAACCCGUAUUUUUCCUAACGACACAUUCGCUGCGUGAGCAGAUUGUUUAAAGAGAAUCGACUUGCGUGACAAGUCAACUCCAGGAAGCGUGAGCCAAACCAACCACAACUGAACAGAACACACUAAUGUGCAAGCGCUAGAGCAGCUUGCAUCUUGCAAAUACAUACAUCAUCUG